CAAAAAUCAGCUGUUUGGUGGGGAGGGUUUUCUUUACCCGAUGCAAUAAACAAAAAACACAAAAACAAUGCAGAUAAAGCCUAUAAUUACAUACUCCGGCUCAUGCCCCCUUUUUCGCUCGCUGGAGUCGCAAAUUCUGAACGCCAUUCCCCUGGACACUUGUGAGUGGAGACGAACUUUCCAACGGCCCACAAAACAUGUUCGCUUAGAGGCCCAGACUCAGCAGUUUAAUGUGUCCUCCCUGGAGAAGUACAAAUCCGGAGAAUGGAGCAUCUUGGAGCAUCCAAUACUGCACAUCUUUGUCACGGAGUGCAAUGAUGUGGACACCUACAAGGCUACCAUCAAGGAGGAGAUUGACACCUGGCUGAAGUUAUUAAACAGCUAUGGUGUUACAGACUGGAUGAUUCUGUUGGUGGAGACACUGGACAUGCGCAAGACAAAAAACUUCAUGCCACGCACAACGGUGCUGGACAAGAUUCGCUUAGACUUUGGUAGCAAGAACGACGAUCGCUGCAUCUCCGUGCUAAACCCAGCCAAGUUUGAGCAAAAGUCCACAGAAUCUUUUCGCUGCCUGGUGCAGAGGAUUCGCUUUCUAAUGCUUACUAGCUACAACCGAAAUAUUGUCAAAUAUGAAGAGCUUAUCCGUAGCAAGCGCGAGAAGCGGAAUCAUGAUGGCUGGGACUUCCGACAGUACUUCUUCAUGCAGGAGGAUCUGGCGCUAAUUUUUGAGAAGUUAGAGCUGCCCACUGAGGCUUUAAUUCAAUACGAUGAACUAGAUGCCAUGUUCUCGCAAUUCGUCACACACACGGGAUUGAACGAAAAGCAACAGUGGCUGAAUUACUUUAGGAAGCCCUUGGACUCUUUUCACGGCAUUUGUCUAACCCGACCCGAUAAGUUUGAGAUGCGGGCAAAGAUUCGAGAUGAAGGAGUCUCACUAUUGGAAUUCCGAAACUACCUGUUUGAGCGACAAGCCUAUCUGUUACUAACUUGCAAUGAUAUUCCGGAGAUAGCUAAGCGUCUUCUCAACUUCCUUUUCUCCACAUUACGCGAAGUGGAGUUCAUUAAGCUGGAGUGCCAGGAGGGAGCACUGUGCUGUUGGGAAUUCGUUUGUGCUCUAGAGGUCCUCCAACUAUGUGAACAGGCAAUGGAGCCCAAUGAAGUUACAUGUUUUCAGCAUUGUGCUCCUAUUUGGAAUUUAGCCAAGGACAAGUUGUAUGAACUGGGCAAGCUAUGUGGCUUGCUGCCAGGUUGUACACCCACAUCCGAGCAGUUGCACAUUGUAGUUCAACUGUCCUCUGGAAUAGGAGAUGCUCCGCCAGAACAGCAACAGUUUCUGCAGGCCACUCCACAGCUACGCGAACGUUCCCCAAACCGCAAGCCUAAGAAGUCGGCGGCGCAACAGCUCAAGGAAGCCCUUGGCUCUAAUCAAGCCUUCCAGAAGCUUUACCUUGAAUUAGCCGAAUUGGCCAUCAGUACGUACAAGCAUGUGGCUCGUCUGCGAUCCGCUAGAUUGGUGGGCUUGGACUUGGGAAAGUUUUAUUGCGCCCUAAAUGAACCGCACAAGGCGGUGGGAUUCUUCACUGAUCUCCUCAGGGAACUGAAGGCGGAGAAUUGGCAUUCACUCAGUUCUCAGACACUAUUGGAGCUUGCCAACUGUUACCGCAAGAUGGGCGACUCCAUGGCCUACACCAAGACUUGCAGUUCCAUUUCUUGUUGUGUCGAGCUGGAGACACUGGUUCGAACUUUCUACUUUGAUGAGUUCCUUAAAUCUCUAAAGACUCUGAAAACCACGCUUUCUGCUCAGCCGUCCAUGGAAAAUGCCAAUUUUUGUGUUCUGGAAGAUCACUUUCGCAUCGUUGACAUUGAGGUUGCCAACCAGAAGCCCAUUAUUCAAGAUGACUUCAUAGUGGUUCACCUAAAAGUGGAUAGCCUUUAUCCCCGAGAAAUUGUGGCGGAAAACAUAAAACUGUGCUACGAGCUGCAGGCGGCUCCCUUGGAAGUGGCUAUGGAGAAUGUGUCGUUGACUGCUACACCCUCAACAACAAAGGUUAAGGACACAACUGCACGUCUGAAAGUUUCCCUUCAACUGGCCUACAAGCAGGACAAUCGGCUUCACUCGGCCUCCGUAUCCUGCGAUACCCCAAAAUCGAAGCAGCCCGUGAGGCGCACCAGCAGCACAAAGCGGAAACUGUCUCCUAGUGUUCAGGCAGAUUUUACCAACUUUGUCCAGGCGGAGAACAUCGCUCUGCAGCCUGGAGUUAAUUUUGUCGAGCUAAAAGCAAAAGCCACUCGGGUUGGUAGCUGGACUUUCAAGCAGCUCUGCGUUAGUAUGUCCAGCCUUGAGUUCCUAUCGGAGCAAUUGCCUUUUGUGCCGCCCUGCUUUGAGAUCAGCACAAAGCCAGCCAGUGCGGCAUUGGAGUUCAAAACUCUGACAGCGGGCAUUGUACAACCCAUUAGCUUGAACGUUUCCGGAGGCAGUUUUAUUUUUCCACCGGAUGCCAAAAUAACGCUUCGCUGCUCCAAGAAUCUGAGGAUGCGUCAAGCCCAAGACCCCGCAAAUCUGGAUGCCUAUAACGACGAUUCCACGUUUGAGAGCCAGUUGCAAGUGCCGCUAUUACACUUUAAAUCGUUCGAGGAUCGUAGUAUUCCGCUGGAGGUGCUCUCGGAUAUGCCGGGGCGCAAGGUGUCCAAACACCACGAGCACCACAUUUCCCUCACUUGCCCGUGGUCGCGUAGUGAACUGCCCAUACCAGUUGAUUUCCAGCCCGCCAUGGAGGCGACUUGUAGGCUGCACACCUGUGGCACCCAAAAGUUCCUACAAGUGAUAAUGAAGGGCCUGGAUGCUCACCUUCUAUUGCAGCAGGCAAAGGUGAAGUGCGAUGUGCCCGGUGUGCAGCUGCUUGACUUGAAUCCCUCGCCGCAAGAUCCAAUCGAAAUCUACAAAUCUCUGACUGUCACAUAUUUGUACGAAAUUCAAGUGGAACCUUUAAAGACCGAGCACGAGUUGCCCAUCGUCAAGGUGCACUUUGUAGUCAAAUACGCCCCGGUGUCCCAGCCGGAUGUCUUGAGGAAUUACGGUUGCGCUUUCGAUCUUGUGGACUAUACCACUCUCUUUAAGCUGCAAGCCCAGCUGGAACCAAAUGAACUGUGCCGCCUGCGCACCGUGUGCAACAUGAAUCUGAAGAUCACCAAGGUCCAUGAGAAUCCUUACACGGAUCUGAUGUACGAGGUGCUCAAUGACCAGAAUCUGUGGGCCGUUUGCGGGCGCUCAGCGGAUAUGGGUGUUGUCUCCAUGAAAGACGUAGACAGUCACUCCAUAUCGCUGGAUGUUAUGCCGCUAAGCACCGGAUUUUUACCCAUGCCUAGCAUCCGACUAUCUAAGUACACCGCCGGUGGCAAGAGCAAGACCGACGGCCACUCCAAAGUGCAUCCUUUUCCGCCCGGACAGGUCUACAACUCCACGAAGAGCAUGCAAAUCCAUGUCAUUGCCAGUGUAGCCGGCGAUCAGUAAAAACCAAAAGCCAAUUUAAUUUAAGUGUAUAUUGUUUAAAUAUAUGGCCUGGGGUCAAGUAUUAUUUA